GACACAUAAUACCGGUACUCGCGUAAGGAUAUAUAGUUUUGCAUAGCAACCUGAAUGGAGUCACGUUUUCAUGGAAACUGGCGGGAUGGUGACGCCAAAGUUUGAAUGUCAAAAUAGCGAAAGGACUGAAUUGACAUGUCGUCCCGAUAGUAUCAUUUAAAUCUUGAUAGAAUAAUUGAUAUUUUGUGAAUUACUAUCUCCAAGACGACCUCUGCUCUGAGUCCGUGGCUGCAUGUCGGCUGCUAUGGACAGUGUCAAAGUUGCCGUUUUGUAGUCACUAGAGGAGAAAUCAACACGUGCAAGGAGCAACAACUUAGGGUCUUUCUGUUAGAUUAUUUAACAGCGACAAUAAAAUAUACGUGGAGUGAACAUAGCCUGCCAACAUGGUUCUCACUGAUCUCCCAUUUGAGCGCAGCCCUGUCAUCUACAGUCGCUACACCCUCCUCCGGCGUCCAGACAGUGCCCCGCCUGGCAACGCAGAUGAGGGGGACACAACCACUGAAAACAAGAGAUAUGCUGCAUUUCUCAAAGAGCAGGAGAGGAAAGUAGGUCCAGAUGGCUUCGUGGACUCCUCCCGGUAUGGUCACCCUUACGUUUUGCGGAAUGACCCCUUGCGGAAACGCGCCCAGUCCAACUCCGACCGGCCGAGUGUGGUCAACCUCACAUCCAGGGUCGAGCGAGACAAGAAGGACUAUGAUAAAAGAAUCAGGGUGAUCGAGGACCACAUGUGGCAGCACAAGCAGGAGGAGAGGGAGCUGAAGAGGGUGGAGGGUGACAUCAUCAAGAACCAUCGCUCAGUCAGGCACACACUCAGGGACUUCGAAAAUGCAAUCAACAAGAAACGUCUGGCUGAGGACAAGAAGUUAAAUCAUGCUUUGGAGAAGUUAACCAAAAUAUCCCAAGACCAUACUCACAAGAAGGAAGAGAGAACGAAAAAGAGAAUAGGUUUGAGUUUGUCAAGAGAUCAAGGUGCCAAACAGAUUGAUCGGAAAGUGUUUGUCAAACAAAAUGCGGUUGCGCGAGACUACCAGACAAAACUCAGCCAGCUGGAGCUCAAGAGGGUGGAGCUGUCACGCUUUAGCCAGGAGUUUGAAACAAAGUUGAGGGAGAAAGAGGUGGAGCAGUACAAGCUGAAGCAAGAGCUGGCCGAGUUGGCCAUCUCCCUCAACAUGGAGGCACAGAAGAGGCGCGUUCAGAGGGUCGACACUUCCAGAGAAGUGAAGACAGACACGACGAAGAGAAUACAUGAAAAUAACAAUGCCGACUUGUCACUGGAGUCAAAACUUAUGAGGAGUGAUGGAGAUGGCAAGACAGCAGAGCUGCAGAAGAGGAAGCUUAGUGCUGACCUUUCCCUCACCAAGGCCCACCUGGACAUCAAGAAGAGAGAUGAACAAAGACAUUUGACGGACACACAGAUUCGACUGGAAGACAACACGACCAUGCAGAGAUCUCUCAACACAGCUGCUGUUAAUGCAGAUUUGGACCUGAAGGCUCGGCAGAUUGAACAGAGACUUGAGGCCCACAACACUCGCAGGGUGACACAGCUGCACAACAGUAUGCGUCAGAAGAAGGACAAGGAGGAGUCCCAGCAGGCCGUGUGGGAGGCGCGCUUCAAGAGGCGGCACGCAGAGCAGCAGCGGAGGGAGCAUGAAGACUCACUCAAGUUCUUUCAGAAAAUGGUUGUGAAAGGAGAAGAUACAGAGCAGAACUUAUACCAGAAGGUGCGGAAUGCUGAGUAUGCUCGGCAGAAACAGGAGCAGGCUGUUAGACGGCUUCAAAAUGAUCUACAGGAAACCAAGAGGAUCAGCGCCAUCAAGUUGAAGAAGGAAAUCGCUGAGCGCCAUCAGCAGGAACAGGAACUGGAACAGAAGCUCAUCCGGGAAAAGGCUGAGCUGGACAAGACACACGCUCAGAGGGAGGAGAGCUACAUGAAGCUGCAGAAUCAUCGCCAGCACCUGAAGGAGGACCAGUAUCUGUUGAAGGAACACGAGAAGGAACAUCUCCGCCUCAUCCGCAUCGGAACCAAGACAGACAUGGCCAACUCGGACUUGUACUAGAAUGUCACUAAAAUGGAUCACCAGUAACUUGUUCUAGAACACCACAUAGAAAGGGGCACCUGGGACGUGGACUAGAACACCUCACAGACAUGAACACCUCUGAUGCGUACUAGAAUGCCACUAAAAUAGGGUCGCCUCUGACUUCUACUAGAACACCAUUAACAAAUGGCCACUUUUUCAGUAAAAGAACAUCAAACUGCUCUGAGCUGAGGGGGACCUUUGAUUUAUGUGGCAAUAACUUGAAAUUUUAAAGUUAUGGAUUAUGACAAUGUCACUUUGAUUUACAAAUUUUACAUUCUUACUUUUUAAUACUGAUUUCAGGUGUACUGUAUCCUGCAAAAAAUGCUGCACUGUAACAUACAACAACUGUACUGUAGUGUGCAACAACUUACUGUAGUGUGCAACAACUGUACUGUAGUGUGCAACAACUGUACUGUAGUGUGCAACAACUUACUGUAGUGUGCAACAACUGUACUGUAGUGUGCAACAACUGUACUGUAGUGUGCAACAACUGUACUGUAGUGUGCAACAUCUGUACUGUAAUGUGCAACAACUGUACUGUAGUGUGCAACAACUGUACUGUAGUGUGUAAGAAAUAAGAGUAAAAGGAUUUGUUAUCUCCCUAAGACUGGGACCAGCUGAAGAGCGUAAUUUAACAACGUGCAUUCUGUCCACAUGGAGGAGCAUUCAGUAUUCAUUCAUAUUUGCAUCAUAGUGUUGCUCUUGUAGACUGGUGUAAUGGCACCAGAGUUUGUCAGGGAUGGAACUUUGCACUAGCCAGCUAGAGGGCAGAAGGAUUCUAGGCAUUUCAGGGGGUAACAUGCUUUCGUAUCAACUGCAUGGCCGUGUUUCACUGCGUUCUGAAACUGGGUGACUAGACAUGGGUUACCUUCUUCACCCUUGCUGCAGUGAGUUUCAUCUUCAGAUUAGCUUGGCUUGCUUUAGCUUUUACAUAUGGAAUGACAAUUGUAUAAAUGACAGGUGCUACUGGUACAGCAGAACGUGCUUACCACUUUCGCAGACACCUGGUGUCUUCACUGAUUAUCAGUGAUCCAGUUAUAUGAUUCUCAUUACCAUGUUAGCGUUUAUACCCAGUUGAAUCUGUUUGGGUAUUUAUUCGAGACUGUCUUUUCUCUGGUUUUGCAACUUUUGAUUACUAUUCCAACAGUAAUUUAUUGUGUUUAUUAUACAAAGACAGUGUCUGAGUACAAGUCACUUCCUAACAAGUGUUGAUCUGGCAUGAUGUACCGGCUCAACACUGUGGAAUAUAGUCCCUUAUAAGUGGCAGUCCCUUUACUGUAGACCGUCUCAUGGACGUGUCAGUCUCCGUCUCAUGGACGUGUCAGUCUCGGGAGGAACAGCAGCUGUUCUUUUAUUGAUUUGAUUGCAUUUGUUUGAUUGACACAGCCAAAGACAUGAUAAUAUACAAAUGGAUAUUUUACCAUUUAAAUUGUGUGCAUUUUCAAUUUUGCUUGUGUGUGUUCAGUUUGAAGUAAGUAGUUUGUUCAUGGUGAACAUGUUGAUUUCAUACAUACUACCAUUUUACAAGCCGAUUAACUUUUUUUAUGGCCGCUUUAGUUUUUUUAGAGCUUGUUCCAUCAUUUAGUGAGCUAUGGCCUCCCACCUUGAACAGCUGUCCCUGGUCCAGGGCUGGGUGAGGACUGGUAGAGAAGGCUUCCUUACAAGCGAGCCCAAGCAAAACAUGACUGGUAUGCACAAGGUCAACCAUUCAGCUUUCAGAAUCAGCUGCUAUGUAAUCCCACUUUCUAAUACACAACUUGUUCAAAGAAAAAUCUUGUAGAAAUUGUCAUGAAAAGCUGCUGAUGAUAACCUCCUUGAUUGGAGAGUGAAAGUGAGCCUUGACAACGCCCACUGUGGGUGCCCCGCCCCCUGUUGUAGUAGGGGAGUGGAACUGAGGGACACGCCAUCAGGAGGGGGGACCACACACGGAGCUCCACCAUAACUUCCAGCUAGCUGUAUGGAAAAUAUUGUCUCAGAUUUUAUAUGAAAGCGGUGUGUUGGGAAGCACUAUGCCUCGGGAUGAAAAGACCAAAUACAGAAGUCAUGCAUUAGCAGAAUAAACUUUUCAAUGGCAUGUAAGUGUUGAAGGGCUUUAUGUUGGCCUUCAUUAUUGGUGAAGGGUUGCUUGUUGUAGAGGCUGUUGACACUGUCAAAUGGGAAAAUGAUUAUGUGGCCCUCUGUUGCUGUAUUCAAUGUUGCGGCUACAGUAAUGUCGCCGAUAUUGUAGCAUUGGCACAUUAUCCGCACCGAUGUUGUAGCAUUGCCACAUUAUCCGCCCAUGCUAUUGUGUGUGUACACUUAUCACAAACAUUUAUCACAUGUUUCCACAGAGUGAAUGCACACAAGAAUGGAUGCUUGUAUGAACAGAUUGUCACAUAGUUCCACCUGUAUAAUGUAUUUCAUAUAGUGUUAUAUGGCUUCAUAUUGUUACACCAUGGCAAGUUCAAGCUGUGUUAUUGAGGCAGAUGUAUUACCUUUUGAGCUCAGCCCUGUAUGUGGGAACACUCCCAGACACUGUACAGGUGGGACAUAAUGGCGGAUGACACCUGUUGAAAAUGAAAAUCUGAACUUAUAUACUUAUAUUUUAGAGCUUAAAUGUUAAACUGUUUUUUGUCAAGUUUAGAUUAGACUGUCAUGAGGUACAGAUUUUGUAAUUGAGCUUUUGUAGAUAACAAUGUCAGCAGAUUUCAGGGAUAUUUAUAAGUGUGUCUCAGUUUUUACAAUUUACACCAAUUACAGAUUUAUAUCAAAAUGGUACUUGUUUUAUAUCAAUGUGCAUUUGAUAACACCACAGUAUUUCUUUUCUACUUUUUGUGUGAUGUGACAGAUUACCUUGCAGCAUUGACAAAUUUAUUUGCUUCACAGUGACAACUGUUUUUUGUGUUUGUGUGCGUUCUUAUUGUAUACCAAUGGGUGUUCUUAUUAUAUCAUGAAGCUAUUACAAGGGAUUUCUUUUCCAUAUAGCUCCAGCAGAUCUGUCAUUUAAGAUUUCUUUCAGGCUGGUUGAAGCAAAAUUCCUUACACUGUCAAUAUGAACAUAUUUUAAUAUGCAGAAUAUUUUGACUGAUUGAUUAUAUUCACAUAAAUUUCAAGAUUUUUAUAAGAUAUCAAAUUUUCGAGAGAUGUGUUUUUAGAAACUUAACCUAAUUUUCUUUAUUUCUAAAAUCUUUUUUUGUAAUAAUAGUGUUCAACAUAAACAUUGAUUUGCCAGGAGAGAGAAAGGGACACGGGACAUUUCCCUUGUGUACAACCACUUUCACCACCAUGUGGUGGAUGGCACUCCUGCUGUAGAUCAUGUUUGUGGGCCUGUGAAAGUCUACUUUGGAAUAGUCCUGGAAGUAAUUUCCAAUUCAGUUGUUUACCUAACAAUGUACACACGACCCAUUGAUUGUAUAUCAUAUGGAUUGUUAUAUAUUGUAAGUUGUCUUUAAAGAAAAGACUUAAUUUUGUGUAUCAGCAUUUAAUGAAACAAUACAGCAUUAUUAAGUAUAUGUGUUCUAGUAUGUAGAUACAGAGUACAGUCAGGUAGAGUACAGUCACCAGUGAAUGCGAACCACAGGGCAUGGUAUUCAUUGGGAUGAAAUACAUCCGAGUCCAUUGUUUUACCAAUAAGUAUGAAAAAUUCACACAUACAAAUUUGAUUGUGAUGAUGAUGUGUAUUGCACCUACCCUGGGGGCUGUACAAGUGAAGCUGCUCCUGAGGCACUAGCAGUCACAGUUCUAUAUUAUCCUACCGGGUACCCAUGAACAGAGGUGGGUGAACAGAGGCAUGUUUCCUCUCUAUGUCGAUGUUUUACUGUUAUGACUAAUGACAUGUUUGGAAGGCUAGAGUUUCCAUGAGAAUUGUUAUAGCUUGAAGUGUCUAUCUAUUCAAAGAAUAUAUUUUGAGUUGUUGUGAUAAUGUUUUCUCAGCUGUUGAAAUGCAUUUGUUUAUAUAUUUAGAGUUUUAGAUGUACCUAAUGCCAAAGCUUUAUACAGAAAGUAUUAAUCCUUUUUUCUGAUCUAUAUCUGAUAGGUUUCAACAGCUUCACUAUACUGCCUUGGUUUUUUAUCAAAUCUGGCCAGGUUUGGGACCAUUGACACAGUUACUGAGUAUGACUGAGUAUAUAAUAACGUAAUUAGUUAGUUAAAUCUCAGCACAAGAACAGUUAGUAUCUCUUUUUGUGUCCCUGUUAAGAGUUGUUAUUGUACAUUAAUGGAAAUAAAUUCAGGAAGAAUUAUGUGUUUGUUCACAUAUUAUGUUUGUAAUAGAGAAACUGUGUUUGGCUGCCGUGAUGUGUAUCAAAUUAGACAAACCGGGAAGCAAAGAAAAUAAACUGUUUGGUGUUAAUAACUGUGUCAUAUUACUUAAGUGAGGACUAUUUCCUCCAGGGCAAUCUCCAUAAUGACCUUGACCUUUACGUGGCAGGUUCUACCAGUAGAGCAGGACACACUCACCGGUUUUACUGAGACCUGGUGUCAUAUGAAUAUAUUAUGAUGUAUUGGUGUUGAUUUUUUCAAGUGUUACCUCCUCUUCCGGGACAGGUAUUACUAUCUGUAAGUCAUAAAUGUAUUUAAUAUUUGAUGUGAGCAUAUCUGUCAUACUGUGAAGUUCUUCAUUGUUUUGUAUGUGUAUUGUGUUUCUGACUUGCUGAAUAUUCAGCCACCUUGGCUGGAGUUUGUCAGUGUUUUAAAGAAGUAAAUCAUCAGUUAUCUGA